AUGGAAAAGGCCCUGGGGGUGUUGGUGGACAGCCGGCUGAAUAUCAGCUGGCAGUGUGCCCAGGUGGCCAAGACGGCCGCCGGCAUCAAGGCCCUGGGGGUGUUGGUGGACAGCCGGCUGAAUAUCAGCUGGCAGUGUGCCCAGGUGGCCAAGACGGCCGACGGCAUCCUGGUGAUCCUGAUCCUUACCAAGUAUUAUCAUACUGACAUGGGGAAAGUGCUGGAGAGCUCUUUGUGGAGGUCCUCAGAUUUUGGGACGUUAUACACAAAGUUGAAUCUACAGCCUGGGAUUGCCACUGUUAUUGACAAUUUCUACAUUUGUCCCACCAACAAAAAAAAGAUAAUUCUUGUAAGUUCUUCCCACAAUGACCGUGACCAAAGCCUUUUCAUAAGCACGGAUGAAGGAGCCACUUUCCAGAAACAACCCAUUACUUUCUUUGUGGAGACUCUUGUUUUUCACCCAAAAGAAGAAGAUAAAGUACUUGCUUACACCAAGGAAGGCAAGGUUUACGUAUCCAUUGACUUGGGGAAAAAAUGGAUCCUUCUGCAGGAACGAGUUUCAAAAGAUCAUAUUUUUUGGGCUGUUGCUGGAGUUGAUGGAGACCCUGAUUUAGUUCAUAUGGAAAUCCAGGACCCCAGUGGAGGUUAUCGCUACAUCACUUGCCAGAUUCAAAAUUGCUCUGAUAAGACAAUGACAGUCCAGUUUGCUGGUGGCACUGAUCAGGAUUCCCUGACUGUGCAGGAUGACUACAUAUUUCUUCAGACAACAGCAGCAAAUCGCACAAAGUAUUAUGUGUCUUACCGUCGCAAUGGCUUUGUACAGAUGAAGUUGCCAAAAUACGCAUUGCCAAAAGAUUUACAGAUAAUCAGUACAGAUGAAAACCAGGUGUUUGUGGCUGUUCAGGAAUGGUACCAGACGGACACAUACAACCUGUACCAGUCUGACCCGCAAGGUGUUUACUACUCCAUACUGCUGGAGAACGUCCGGAGCACAAAGCAGCCAGAAGAAAAUGUAAAACUUCCGAUGUGUGUAGUCAGAGGAGUAAAAGGAGUCUUUUUGGCCAACCAGAAAAUUGAUGGGAAAGUUACAACUCUGAUAACUUACAACAAAGGCCGUGACUGGGAUUUUCUAAACCCUCCAGACAUUGAUAUGAAUGGCAAACCGACAAACUGCAAACCUCCUGACUGCUACCUUCACCUCCAUCUCCGCUGGGCAGACAAUCCCUAUGUGUCAGGAACAGUCCAUACGAAGGACACGGCACCAGGGCUCAUAAUGGGGGCAGGUAACCUGGGGUCCCAGCUGGUUGAGUAUAAAGAAGAGAUGUACAUAACAUCUGACUGUGGGAACACGUGGCGCCAGGUCUUCGAAGAAGAGCAUCAUAUCUUGUACCUGGACCAUGGUGGAGUUAUUGUGGCCAUCAAAGACACCUCUAUCCCUCUGAAAAUACUCAAAUUCAGCAUAGAUGAAGGCCAGACUUGGAGUACACAUAAUUUUACCAGCACUUCAGUCUUUGUAGAUGGAUUACUUAGUGAACCCGGAGAUGAGACGCUGGUCAUGACAGUCUUUGGACAUAUUAGUUACCGUUCGGACUGGGAACUUGUGAAGGUGGACUUCAGACCGUCCUUCCCCAGGGAGUGCACUGAUGAUGACUAUGAAUCUUGGGAGCUCACAAAUCUACAGGGUGAUCGUUGCAUCAUGGGCCAGCAGAGGAGCUUUCGGAAGAGGAAGAUUUCAUCGUGGUGCAUUAAAGGGAGAAGUUUCACAUCAGCUUUCACAUCCAAAGUCUGUGAGUGUGUGAACUCGGAUUUCUUAUGUGAUUACGGGUUUGAGCGCUCUGCACCAUUGAAGUCGGAGUUGAGCAAAUGCUUUGCUGACUUUUGGUUUAACCCAGAAGCACCUCCUGAAGACUGUGUGCUGGGGCAGGCAUACACCAGCAGCACUGGGUACAGGAAAGUUGUUUCUAAUGUGUGUGAAGGUGGUGUAGACCUGCAACAGAACUUGGCACAGCAUAUGUGUCCAUUGAUUGCCCCCAGGGGACUUCAGAUCAGCAUCGGAGAAGAAAGUCUGGCUGUUAAGCCUGGGGAAGACAUCACCUUCAUCGUCAGACAAGAGCAGGGUGAUCUAUUGAAUACCAAAUAUCAGGUGGAUCUUGGAGAUGGCUUUAAGGCAAUAUAUGUGAACCUUACGAUGACUGGAGAACCCAUCCGUCACCGCUAUGAGAAUCCUGGGAUUUACCGUGUCUCGGUGAAGGCUGAGAAUGUGGCUGGGCAUGACGAGGCUGUGAUGUUCGUCCAAGUCAACUCUCCGCUGCAGGCUUUAAAUUUAGAAGUGGUUCCAGUUGUUGGGAGAAACCAGGAGGUGAAUCUGACAGCCAUCAUACUGCCUAAGAACCCUAAUUUGACAGUCUUCUACUGGUGGAUAGGAAACAAUCUUCAGCCGCUCCUUACAUUGGAAAGUUUUCUGGUGACAAAGUUUGCUGAGACAGGUGACGUCAGAGUUACAGUGCAGGCUUCCUGUGGGAGCUCCAUGCUUCAGGACUCUAAAGUUGUCCACGUUUUUGAUCAUUUUCAUGUUCUCGCUCUGAAGUUUACUAAGCACCUGGACAUGUACAACCCUGACAUACCGGAGUGGAGGGAAGACAUAGGGCAGGUCGUAACACGACUUCUUGCAAAGGAAACCAAGAUACCCGAGGAAACACUCAUGACUGUUGUGAAACCUGGUCUGCCCACAACUGCUGACUUGCAUGUGCUACUGCCAGCAAGCCAACCAAAAAGGAAGAGAAGUGUAACUAGCGAUAAGAGAAUAGCGACUAUAAAGCAGGCGUUGAAUGCACACAACAUCAGUUUCUUUCUGAGGGGAGGAUACUGGGUCUUAGUGACUUUAGCUGACUCUGGUUCAGACUCUCAGAGGAUUGGAGGAGGCGGUGGCUAUUGGGCUAUUGUGGUUCUCUUUGUUAUCUGUCUAGUCGCAGUUGGGGCUUUCAUCCUCUACAAGUUCAAAAGGAAACUGCCAGGCAGAAACGUCUAUGCCCAGAUGCACAAUGAAAAAGAGCAGGAGAUGACAAGCCCUGUUAAUCACAGUGAGGACACCCAGAACAUCAUCCAGGGUGAGGAGUUUAUUGAUGAUGAUCUGGACUCUCAAACACUAGGUAACGCAAGAGUGACUCCUUCUGGGAGAAGUGGCAGCUUGAACAGCUACAGAGUUCCCCUAUUGCUGAUGCCGGUCAGUGUCCAGUCCCAGGCAAUCACUCAGGCGUGGUUUUGA